AUGACCCAGCAUGCCCAGCACGCGAGCCAAGAGACCAGUUCUGCUGCAAGCAUCCUCGUUUGCAGCUAUUUGCAGCUCAGGCUUUACAAUGAUGUGGCGAAGGGCAGCGGAAACAGCGUGCCAGUAACGCCAGACAUGCAGAUAGGCAUCUUCUGGUACAUAGCCGCCGCAGCCUCAGCGGGUGAUUUGCAAGAUGUCGGCGCUCUGCAAACCGCUCCCACCUAUGUACGUUCAUCUGACGACAACUUCUCGCCAAUUCAGACAUUUCAAACACUUUUCAAAGCAACCGCUGCUCCAGCUGCUCAGGUCUACUCCAGGUCCGCACUAUACGAGCAGACCACCCCUGAGGUGCUCGAGAUAAACGACACCAUGGCCAAGGUGAGCAUUUCCAGCUUCGCCGACAGAGAUCUUGACGAGAACAACUUGGGAGGGGAUCCGUUGCGUGGCAAAUUCCGAGAAAGUAUGGGCUACCCUUUAUCCGAAAGUCGCUACAUCCGCUACAUGGAGGUAGUCCACUACCGCUUCUACCUUGCUGAAGAUGUCGCUGGUGCAGUCCGCACGACUCUGGGCCUGGAGACAGCCGUUGGCACCAACCAGGAGCUCAUUCCACCCGAGACGAUCAAGGAGAACAGCACUCACCUGCUUGUCUACACUGUCUCCACCCUCACCGAGCAGACGACGCCUGCUGCUCUGCCAAUUUUUGACAUGAUCGCCAGCGUGUCCCAGGUGGAGUUUGUUGACCAAGACACAGACUUCGGGCAACUAGGUGGUGAGGUCAGUUGGGUAGCGCCCAGCGAUGUGUCGAGGGUCUCCAACUACCUCGCCUACUUGGCGCAAGAUGCCGUUGGCACGUCCAAGUCACAGAUUGCCCAAGACCUUCCAGAAGGCACCUUGAACGUGACCAUCUUUGCCGAGACACAGCUGCACCAGAACACGCAUGUGGUUGUCUACACGCGCUCAUCGCUCGUGGAGCAGACGACGCCAGCCUUCCUGCAGAUCUCUGAUACGGCUUCCUCGGUGCCCUUUCUGCGCUUCACUGACCUCGACCUGGAUCCACUCCAAAUUGGUGGCUACUUGGAGUGGGCAGCCCCCGAGGACAACUCCACCAUCACGCACUAUACGCUGUACGCCGCAGAAGAUGCCCUCGGCUCCAACAGGACACAGAUUGCGCCGGAGCUGCCCUUCGGGACCACCACUGCAAUCUUGCCGCACAACUUCGAGCUGCAAAACUAUACCCAUCUGCUCAUCUACACCAAGACGGAGGUUAGCGAGCAGACGGUGCCCACGUGGCAUUUGAUCACGGACGAGACUGCUUCGGUGUCACAGCUGGCACUUAUCGAUCGGGAUCUGGAUGAGUUCGAGCUGGGUGGAACCAUCAUCUGGUCUCCCCCGCAGCCAGACACCCUGGUUGCCGGCUACUACGUCUACCUCGCGGUCGGGACGAACUCAAUCGACCUGAGCCCGGACCAGGCACUCAACAACUCUCAGUAUGUCAUCGUGUACACGGCAUCCUCUUUUGUGGAGCAGACGACACCUGUAGCCUUCACGCUGAGCGACUCCGCCUCGCAAGUGCUCGCCAUCAACUUCACGGACUUGGACUUAGAUGUCGGCGACUUGGGCGGUGAGGUUACUUGGCUCCCGUCGCCUGAUCACGCGCAGGUGUCAGGCUACUAUAUCUACUUCGCAGAUGCCUCCGGUGGCCAGAGGUCUCUCCUGGGCAACACAACUGACGACGUGCAUCAGAUCGACCUUCCACCUGAUCAGCCGACCGGCCCGACCGGUCUUUCAGUCCUGGUGUAUGCGGCCUCGUCGUUGGCAGAGCAGACCACACCCCUGGCCCUUGCAUUCAACGAUACUGACUCCAGCGUGUCCUCAGUCAACUUCACGGACAGAGACUUGGACCUGCGCGAAAUUGGAGGCACCAUAAGCUGGACCGAGCCCAGACACGCAGCACUGGUAGAACACUACGUGGCUUACAUCGCUGAAGAUCCCUACGGCGGCAAUCGGUCACAGGUGGGCUCAGAAGUUCCAUGGACCACCUUUGACAUCAGCUUGCUGCCGGAACAGCCCAUCAGGGAGCCAGACGUGGCUGACCGAUCCGAUUACUCGCAAAUCCUGGUCUACACCAAAUCCAGCCUGGCUGAGCAGUCGACUCCUGUCAGUUUCGAGUUGGUGGAUCUCAGUGCUUCUGUGAGCAGCGGGGCCUUGGAAGAGCAGGACCUCGAUGCUGCCGACAUCGGCGGGCCCAUCACAUGGGCUGCACCUGAGGACUUGUCGCAAGUCACCCAUUACGACAUCUACUUGGUCGAAUUCCCACAGGCCGUGGGAACGAAUCGCUCGCAACUGGGAGCGUCGGUAGAGGUGGGCACGAACAUCAUUCACGUGCCGGUGGAUUUCCUUCAGGGCCCUCUAUCGCACAUCCAGAUCUACACCCGCUCUUCGCUGGUGGAGCAGACGACGCCGCACGUAUUCGCCAGCUGGCAGCAAAAAGGUGCUUUCUCAAAGCGGAUCUUGCAUUACAGGCUUUGUCAACACCUUGGUCGUCAUGACCCCACAGAUCUCAUUAUGAGCUGA